AUGGGUAAGAAAGCCAAUAAUGCUCAGCCCAAGUCCACUCCAGACCACCCCAAAGACGAAGCCUAUCUCCAAUCCGUCAUCCCCAAGCGCAUCGCACUCUUCGAAUCCAUCCAGUCCGAACUCCUCUCCCACCGUCAAUCCGUCUCCGGCGAUCUCAUCAAUGAUUUUAAAUUUCUUAAUUUUGUUAGGAUAACUUUGCCGGACGGGACAGUGAAGGAAGGGAAGAAGUGGAUAUCUACACCGCUCGACAUUGCGAAGGAGCUAUCGAAGAAUUUGGCUGCAAAUGGUCUGAUUUCUCAGGUGAAUGGAGUUCUUUGGGGCAUGUCAAGGCCACUAGAAAGUGAUUGUGAGCUCAAGCUGUUCACAUUCGACAGCGACGAAGGUCGCGACACCUUUUGGCACUCUAGUGCUCACAUUCUAGGGCAGUCUCUUGAGAUGGAGUUUGGCUGCAAAUUGUGUAUUGGAAAGUGUACUACAAGAGGGGAGGGUUUCUACUAUGAUGCAUUCUAUGGUGAACUGGGCUUAAAUGAAGAUCAUUUCAAACAGAUUGCUUCAGGGGCAUCUAAAGCUGUUGCGGAAAAACUACCUUUUGAGCGCAUUGAGGUGUCAAGGGAGCAGGCCCUUGAGAUGUUUUCCGAAAAUAAAUUUAAGGUCGAGAUUAUCAAUGAAUUACCUGCAGACAAAACUAUCACAGUGUACAGGUGUGGCCUGUUAGUUGAUUUGUGUCGUGGACCCCAUAUACCAAAUACAUCUUUUGUCAAAGCAUUUGCUUGUUUAAAGGCUUCAUCAGCUUAUUGGAGGGGGAAUAAAGACCGUGAAAGCUUACAAAGAGUUUAUGGGAUAUCUUAUCCUGAUCAGAAGAAGGAAUACAUUGCCUGGCUGGAAGAAGUAAAGGAAUAUGACCACCGAGAAUUGGGUAAACAACAGGAGCUUUUUUUCAAUCACCCACUUAGCCCUGGAAGUUGGUUCUUUCUUCCUCAUGGUACUCGAAUAUACAACAAGUUGACGGAAUUUAUACGAACCCAAUAUAGGGAGAGAGGUUACCUAGAGGUUUUGACACCAAAUAUGUAUAACAUGCAACUUUGGGAAACUUCUGGUCAUGCUGCCAAUUACAGGGAGAAAAUGUUUGUGUUUGAGGUUGAAAAUCAAGAGUUUGGGCUGAAGCCAGUGAAUUGCCCUGGGCACUGUUUAAUGUUUAACCACACAGUUCGUUCAUAUAGAGAACUUCCUCUUCGCCUGGCUGAUUUUGGAGUCUUGCAUCGAAAUGAAGCCAAUGGUGCACUUACUGGGUUAACUCGUGUCCGGAGAUUUCAACAGGAUGAUGCACAUAUCUUCUGUAGACAGUCCCAGAUAAAAGAUGAAGUCAGGGGUGUACUAGAAUUCAUCAAUCACACCUAUAAUAUAUUUGGGUUCACUUUUGACUUGAAGUUAUCGACGAGGCCAGAAAAAUAUCUCGGAGACUUGGCAACAUGGGAAAAGGCUGAAGCUGCUCUUACAGAAGCAUUGAAUGAGUUUGGGAAGCAGUGGCAGAUAAAUGAAGGGGAUGGAGCAUUUUAUGGUCCCAAGAUUGAUAUCAGUGUCUCUGAUGCGUUGAAUAAAAAAUUCCAGUGUGCAACGAUACAGCUGGAUUUCCAACUUCCUUCCCGUUUCAACUUGUCUUACUCGGCAGAGGAUGAAAAGAAGAUGGAGAGGCCCGUUAUGAUACACCGUGCCAUCCUAGGGUCUGUUGAGCGUAUGUUUGCUAUACUUUUGGAGCACUAUAAAGGGAAAUGGCCCUUCUGGCUCAGUCCACGUCAAGCAAUUGUUUGCUCCGUGUCAGAGAAAUCCCAGCCAUAUGCACUUCAGGUGCGGGAUAAGAUUCAUCAAGCUGGUUAUUAUGUUGAUGUCGAUUCAAGUGAUAGAACAAUCCCGGAAAAGAUAUGGGAGGCUCAGUUGGCGAGGUACAACUAUAUAUUGGUUGUUGGUGAAGAUGAAGCCAACACUGGACAGGUGAGCGUGCAGGUGAGAGACAAGGCGGAGCAUUCAGUUAAGAGCAUCAACGAUCUGCUCACUCACUUAAAUGAAGAAGUUGCAGCUUUUCCCUAGGUGAGUGCCUUGUGAAGAGGCAGUGGGUACUGAAAAGAGAGAGAUACUUAUUCCACUAAUCUUAGUAGAAAUUAUGAUAUAUGUAUCAGUUAUUUGAAAUCACUAGGUGAGUGCCUUGUGAAGAGGCAGUGGGUACCCUUUUUGAUUCUCCUUUACUUCAUUGGCCCUUCUUUUGGGACCAUGUAUAUGGACUCUUAGCUAGCUAGCUUGGGUGAUGACUAACAAACUGGUACAGUUUCACCACAAUACAUCAGCUAAUAAAAGAGGGUACAAUCACUUAUGUAGGA